CUGACAGUUGGUUGACAAAUCAUCCCUUGCAAGAAUUUUUAAAAAGAAAUGAUAUUGAAUAAUGGACACUUUAUACAAUCAAACAAACAAAUUAAUUCAACAAACACAAGCGAGUUUUCAGUUACUAGAAGGUAGCGGGCAAAAUGUCGUUGAUAUUGAAGCGGAUAUUCAUCAAAAACUUGAAGUAAUUAAUAGUAAUUGUGGUAAAUUAGACUUGUAUACCUUAAAGUUACCUUUAGAACAGAGGCAAAAUGCUAAAAUGCGAUGUGAUCAGUUAAAAUAUGAUAGUAGACACUUGCAGGCUGCUUUGAUAGCGGCACAGCAAAAAAGGGCGCGCAGAGAAGCAGUAGCUACUGAAAGAGAGCAGUUAUUAAAUAGAAGAUUCGCGCCAAAUCCCGACAUAACUGCUAUUAAUAUUGACUAUGCUGUUCAACAUCAAACAUCCCUACAAAACGCCAAUAGAGGUAUGGAUGAAAUGUUGUACACUGGAGCUAACACUUUAGACUCUUUAAGGUCACAAAGGAUUACUUUAAAGGGGGCACACAAGAAGAUAGUAGAUAUGGCUAAUACACUUGGAUUAAGCAGUCAUACACUGAGGUUAAUACAGAAGAGGGUCUCUGAGGAUAAAAUUAUAUUACUUUUGGGGGUGGUCAUUACUUUAAUUGUAAUUGUUUUAGUCAUAAUUUUCUUGACAUAAAAUAGGGCUUGUUAUUAAAUUGAUCUUGAGAUUGCCAAAUAUAUCAGACAAGCUAAUGUAAGCAAAUGUAAAUGUAUAUUUUUUGUGCUUUUGUUAAAAUUUCAUAAUUUUUCAGUGCUCCUGUAUUUUUAGUACUUUAUAUGAUUCAGCAGCAUUUAUCUUACAGUAUUUUAGUUCUUUAAGAGUCAAAUCAGUUGAACUUUAUUAGAAUUUAUAUCAACUGAAAAAUAAUUGAACCGUUAACAUAAAAUAUACUACUAAACUCUUGUAUAGACAGAUCUAAAAUAGUUAAACUAAUAGACAUUCCCUACAAUAUGCUGUUUAAGGUAUAGUUUGUCCACAGUCCAGUUAUGAGAUGAUCUUUACAUCAGGUAUAUGGUCCAACAUAUAUAUCUAUUGACAAAUUAUAAUAGUCCAAAUUUAUUUAUACCUAUAAAUUAUAUAGGUACAUUUGUGUUUAUACUUUUUGUAAUAAAAAACCUAUUAAAUACUUUCAAAGUUGAA